GAUAAAGGUGCACCGCAACACAACUAUAUUACGCUGUUUGAGUAUCCAACCUUGUUUUCCUUGUUCUUUCGCUUUCUGCAACUUAGUCUGCUCCACCCCGUUGGCUCGUGUGGUUGCAAGAAUGGAGUUCACACAGCGGCAAGCGGGCACAACGUUGCAUCAGCGGCGGCUGCCGCUGAGCCGGUACACCUCCAUUCCACAAUUUAUUGGUCGGCGACCAGCCGGCUGCUUACCUGCACCGUGUCGGUUGCAGCAUAGUAAUUUAGUCUUGAAUGUGGCAGCUCCGACCGGCACUGGGUCGGCAGCGAGCUCCUCGGCCCCAGUGGCUCAGCAGCAGCAGCAGCUCCAGGAGCAGGCCCUGACCCCGCGCCAGCGCCGCCUGGCACAGCAGCGGCGGAAGUGGGAGGAGUCCCAACAGCAGCAGUCCGCUCCAGGCGCCUCAGCUCCCACAGCUCCCUCCCGCAAUGACGCAUCACCAGCAGCCUCACAGAAGCCUGCCGCUGCCCCCAAGUCCAAGGCGCCGCAGAAGAAACAGCAGCAGCAGCAGCAGCAGCAGCAGCAGCAGCAAGCAACGUCGGCGGCAGCAGCCCCUCGGUCACGUGAGGCGGGCAGCAGUAGCAGCAGCGCCAGCAGUAGCGCUGGCAGUAGCACUGCAGCCAAGCGCGAGGGCAGUGGUCGGAAGCCGUCAACGGCAGCUGCCGGCACUGCGCCCAGCUCACGCUCGAGUGGCGGCCAGGUGGCUUCCGCUGCAGCCGCCAUCACCGCCGCCUCCACUCGGCCCAGCUCAGCUCCCUCGCUUCCCACGGCCUCCACCUCCACCUCUGCCCCAGCACCCAGCACGCGGUGGCCCUCGCUGUUCACCGCCAUUGGAAGUGGCGCCUCGCAGCUGCAGGCGCACCCGCAGCAGCCGCAACAGCAGCAGCAGCAGCAGCCGGCGGGGGCGGGCACGCGAGUGCUGCCGCCGCCCCUGACCGACCUGACAGCGCUGAGCGCCGCCGAGUUAGUGGGGCUGGCCAAGCACUGGACGCAGGAGCUGGUGGACUGGCAGAAGCGGGGCCAGGCAGGCCGGGCAGGAGGGGCGGCGGCGACAGAAACGGCGGGAACAGCGGCGAGUGCGGAUGCCGGGGUGGCCUCGGGUGCGGGGGCAGGGGCGGGUGCGCGGCCAGGCGAGGAGGGGCCAGGCGCCCCUGGCGGGCGUGUGGGCGUCAGCCUGCAGCGGCUGCAGUCGGAGGGGCUGUCGCAGCUGGCGGCGGCGCGGUUGGAGCAGCUCACGGUGGCCGUGGACCAGCUGGUCAAAGCCACAGCAGCAGCAGCCACGUCAUCCUCCCAGCCCCAGCAGCCGGCGCCUCUGAGCCAGCAGCACCUGGCCGACCUGGUGUGGGCGGUGGCGCACUACGACUGGGGGCACUGCGUGGGGGCGCUGGCGCCGGCCAUGGCCGUGCCCUUCGCCGUGGUGCCGCAGUUCAUGCCCGGCCUCAAGCUGCAGGACUUCAUGGCUGAGGUGCGGCUCAACCGCGACGUCAUUUACCUGGAGGAUGGGUCCAAGGCUGUGGAGGAGUCGCGGCUGACGGGCUGGCAGUCCGACAUAGGCGCAACAUUCAAGUACUCUGGCAAGGAGAUGGUACCCGACCCAAGUGGCAUGACCCCGGCUGUGCGCAAGGUGCGGGACGAGCUGCAGCGGCUGACGGGCGUCUGGUACGACUCCGUACUGAUCAACUACUACGGCGACGGCAAGUGCGGCAUGCGGUACCACGUGGAUCCGCUGUACGGCGUGUGGAGCCCGGAGAGCGCCGUGGUUUCCAUCGGCGACACGCGCACCUUCAUCUUCCGGGAAAUCUCCGACUACAACAGCAGGUGGCAGUACCGGGUUCGCAACGGCGACGUGGUGCGCAUGUGGGGCGACUGCCAGGACCGGCUGCAGCACUGCGUGCGGGUGGAGCGGGCGGCGGAGGAUGCAGGGCCGCGCAUGUCGCUGGUGUUCAAGGAGAGGCUGCGCGGCCCGGGCGGGGAGUACCUGCAGGGUUAGGAGCGGCGGGGUGGCGGGGUGGCUGGGAGGAUGGAGGCGAGCAGUGGCAGGACGGGCAGGGGAGGGGAGAGGCAGCAUGGGUAGAGGUGAGCGUAGCAGGAUGUAGGACAGGUUGGGUAUGUGCGCGGGAUUAGGGGUGCAGGAUGCAUCAUCAUACGGCGAGGGCGGCAUGAGCACGAGAUCUUAGCUAAGUAGCGGGUUGCGCUCAAUUUGCGGGACCCUGUCGGCCGCGAAGACUUGGGUGUGCGACGUGGUGUGCGAUGGGACAGUGUCAAGGCAGGUUGGUGAAGUCCCGCAGGGUGCAGCUGAUUCCCAGACCCCAGAAGAUGGCAAACAAUUUGCAACGGCAGGGCAGGAGUGCGCGGCUGGUCGAACGCCGGAGUUACUGUACCGAAAAGUUGCUGGCUGGCUGGUUGGCCGUGCGAAGACUUGUGUGUUCGGAACUGUUGGAGGCUGGCUGGUUCGGAAGUCCGGGACUUAUGUGAGCUAUGAUAUGGCUACGUUUCUUAUCCGGUCAAGGCCAGGGGUGCGGGGUGGCCAACUCCGUCAGUAA